GGUGAGUCUGGUCUGGUCUUGUCUACGUAGUUCACAUCAUCCUUUAAGACGUUAACUCCAAGUUCACAAGCUUUUCUUAGCUAUGGAUUUUUGGCAGAGGGCGAGAGCCUUUGCUGAAGAAGCAGCAAAGAAAUCACAAGAACUCACAAAAGAAGCAGCGAAGAAAUCUCAAGAACUCACCAGAGGAGCAUCCAAGAUAUCCGAUAUCGUCUCAGAGACCGCCAAGAGAUCGAAGGAAAUUGCUGCAGAGGCUACCAAGAAAGCCGAUCAGAUUAAGGUUGAAGCAUUGAAACGAGCGGACCAGAUCAAGACCCUCGCCGAGGGGAUCUCUCCUCAGUUUCCCGUUUCUGCUAUUUCACUCAUCGAUUCUUCGUACGCUGACCCUUCCUCGUCAGAUCUUGAGAAAUUUGGCGUUACUGAUGAGCUGCGAGAGUUUGUGAAAGGAAUUACACUUAGCACAUUUCAGGAUUUUCCCAUGGAAGAUAAGCCAGAAACCGCUGAUGUCCCCACAGUCUCAAAUGUCAGACAGGAUCUUACAGAGUGGCAAGCAAGACAUGCAACUCUGGUUCUCUCUACAGUCAAGGAAAUUUCUAGGUUAAGAUAUGAUUUAUGCCCACGCCUCAUGAAAGAAAAGAAAUUCUGGAGGAUAUAUUUUAUACUAGUGAACAGUCAAGUGGCUCCAUAUGAGAAACAGUACAUGGAGGAGGUUAAGCUGAAAGGCUUAGAGCAGGCUAAAGAUGAUAAAGCAAAAGACGCUACACCAGUUGGAACUAUUUCUAAACAGGACAAGACAGAAACAAACCGGCCUAAUAGGGCUUCAUCAUCUACUGAGCAGGAUUUGGAUGUAUUUCUCCUAGGAGAUCUUGGAAGUAGUGAUGAGGGUCCAGAUGAUGGAGAUGAGGACUUUGACGAUGACUUUGAUAAGAUUGACAACUCGGAUGAAGAAGACGAGAAGCAGUUGAAGAAGACAACAUCAACAGGAUAAAGCGCUGUUUGGUAAAAGCAUUGAACUCUGAAAUAUUAUAGAAGAUGAUAUCAGUACUGGUUGAAAUGGGGCUGUAUGGCUGAUGUGGCAUUAGGGAUGCACUCUGUUCUCUUCGUUACUUGAGGUUCCCAUGAGAGACAUGUGGAGAAGGGCUAGAGCCUUGCGUUCUUUGUACAAUCUACCUGAUGUCCUUGUUAAAUUCUCAUUCAAGCCUGUGUUUUCUUAUAGUUCCAAGUGUCCUUACAUUAAUUCUGAGACUGUCCUAUGUUACUUAUUGUAUACUCCAGUUUUUUAUUGGUGCUGAUAGAUUCAACUAAAAAAAAAAACGGAUCAUUGGCUCUGGUGUAACUGUGUAAGAUAUCAAUUUUCUACCAACAUUUUAUAUACAAGCCCGUUUGAUCUUUCUAACA